AUGGCACCCACUACAAUAACCGAUCAUCCGGACGUCUGGAACACAUCAACAUCAACGUCUGCAGCAUCAAUACAAACAACGGUGUCUUCCGGUGUCGCGUACGACCAUGAAGGAGCGAUGAAGUUCAUCAUCGUUACCAUAUUGGUCUAUUCUCUUUUUGGAAUCGUUUCCGUGCUUCUACUGCGGAUUAGAGCCAAGGCUCGAAAAGCUGCUCAUAAAAGUCCGGACUUCUCCGAAAGUGCCGUACACGCCUAUAUCAAGAAGCGGGGAUCGUUAGAGGUGGAAAGCUAUCGGUAUCGACUGCGAUGUGAACAGAAGAAGUGUCUUGGUGAUUACAUGUAUUUCGGUCGAGGCUAUCCUCCAAAAGAAGCAGCGUCUUCAGAAUCUUCCGAACCUAUCGAGUUGAUGCCGCUGAUGAAAAGAACUCCAUCCGACAGACGUUUUCAACAUCCAUUGAAGAUGACUGGAAGAGGGCCCGGAAUUGCUCAAAAAGUCCACAAUGAAGAAACUGCAGCCACAACGACUCUCUGA